CUUUGGGGCCUGUCUGUUCCAGAUCAUUCGACUGUCAACCUUGCUGCUAUUCCUGGUGGUUCAUGAUUGGGUGAAUUUCACCGUAGACCUACCCACUCAUGCUGGUCGGACUGUUUGUGUGGACAGCUGUAGUGUCGAUCUAACGCAGUCACAAAAUGGGACAGAUAAGUAUGGCUAGUUAGCUAUCUUAGCUACGUGUUUAGCAACACAACCGAUAUUAGCCUAAUCGGAGUUACUGGACCGUUAGACAGCCUGUGUUUAUGCGUCAUUGUUAAGGUCACCUGUAAAUUAAGAGACUAUAGUGGACAACUGCUUUGUUCAACGCUGUCAUUUCCUAAACGAGUAGUGAAGCUGUCCAGCUGUGCUAGCAUUUAGCUAGAUUAGCUAGCCGCAUUCUGCACCGCCGCAGUCUGUUCUGACGUUAAUGAUGGUACAUGUCACAGGCUAAACAUGCUGAGGCCAGGGAGUUGAUGUAUAAUGGUGCUCUACUCUUCUUCAGCUAUAACCAGCAAAACAGUGCAGCAGACCUGUCCAUGCUGGUUCUGGAGGUGUUGGAGAAAUCGGAGACAAAAGUUGAAGAUGAAAUAUUAGAAAGUCUGGCCAAGCUGUUUAGCCUGAUGGACCAGAACUCCCCUGAGAGAGUAGCAUUUGUGUCCAGAGCCUUGAAAUGGUCCACAGGAGGAUCUGGCAAGUUGGGGCACCCGAAACUACAUCAGCUGCUGGCUGUCACCUUAUGGAAAGAACAAAACUACAGUGAGUCUCGUUACCACUUCCUGCAUUCGUCUGACGGGGAGGGCUGUGCACAGAUGCUGGUGGAGUAUUCAGCAUCACGAGGCUUCCGCAGCGAGGUCGACAUGUUUGUGGCGCAGGCCGUCCUACAGUUCCUCUGCUUAAAGAACAAAAACAGCGCUUCCGUGGUGUUCAGCACAUACACAGAGAAACACCCGUCCAUAGAGAAGGGACCUCCCUUUGUCCAGCCUCUACUAAACUUUAUCUGGUUUCUGCUGCUGGCAGUGGAAGGUGGUAAAUUAACAGUUUUCACAGUGUUAUGCGAGCAAUAUCAACCUUCCCUGAAGAGGGACCCCAUGUAUAAUGAGUAUCUCGACAGAAUAGGACAGCUUUUCUUUGGAGUUCCACCCAAACAGUCUCCAUCAUACGGUGGACUGUUAGGAAACCUGCUGAACAGCUUGAUGGGUUCUGGUGAGGAUGAUGACGCAGUUGAAGAAGCCCAGGAGGACAGCAGCCCCAUAGAGCUGGACUGAACCAGGCCCCGGACAAAGAGAACAAAUGAACACAAAAAAGAGGAAGACUACGAUGCCUCCAUACUUCACCUCCACAACGAGGGUGGGGCGAGGUGCUGCUCUGUGUUUUCAGAGGCGUGCUGUUUCCAAAAAACCCCUCCCCCACCCAUCCAGUCUAAAAUCAGAGCACUUAUCAGUCCGCCAAAACAUCCCACUUGGCGCUGCCGGGACUGACUGCGCCAAACUGCAAACUCUUCCUGUGCUGACUUAUUGUAACAUUAUAUUAUUUUAUUUUUGUUAGUUUGGGACUCUUGCUCUCUGUUUAGGGUGUACGAUUUUUAAACGUAACAAACUGUCCUGUCCCUGUGAAAACCUGCUCUCAGGAGAUGAGAGUUAGAGUCUCGCAUUGGAGAGGAUAGCAUCACACAUGAAAUCUCCUCUUCAUAAUGGCGUUGAGGACAUCAUUGUAAGAGGUUUUAGUCAACUCACUACAAUUAUCCAAUUGUUUAAUUUGUCAGACAGCCACAUGGAGCCUAAUCAGAGCCACAGUGUUGCUCUUUUUGGCACUUUUCAAUGACUUUGUUAAGUAUCUUCUUCAGUAGUAAUUUAAAUUGCUCCUUGCAGUCAGCCCCACCUUUCAGGUUCUCAUUUGUCUAUUAGCUGUAUGGACAAAAAUACAACAAGAAGUUGUUUUUCUUUUUUUUUUUUUUUUUUUCCCAGAGGUCAUCAAGCAAACAAACCUGUUCUGCUCAGCGUGUCCUCCACAGGUCAUAGUGGUGGUUAACAUUUCUGCUCGUUCGGUUGUAUGUAUACAAACAGCUCCAGUGCGGAGGCCACACUUUUACUGUGCACUUGCUGAACUGCUGCUGAGCUUGUUUGCAUUUCCAAGAUAAACUCAUGGGAGAAAUCCAAUUUUUCCGUUUUCUUUGUUUAACUUGUGAAGUCGUAAAAACAUGUCUGGCAAUGAGGCGUUUGAGGCACUUGUGUUUUGCUGGUUGUUGGCUCUGGCUGUCUACGUGUUGCUAUGUAAAAUAAAAAGUCAAAGUUGGGGUUACCUUCCAUGUCUGUACAGUGAUCUUUAUUAGAAGAGCAAAAUGGGACGCUGUGAAACCUGGCCUGUUUGGAGUGAAUCUUGCUUUUCAUGUUAUAAAAUGCUAAACCGGCUUCUGGCUGUGUCUAUUGUCCCACUCUGUUGUCUCUUUUUAUACUCCAGUUAAACAGUUCUUCUUGGAGGUGGAUCAGUGGUCUGAUGUCAGUUCAGCCAGUGCACAAUCAGAAGUGUGAUUCAUGCAGCAGCUACAGUUUUAUCAGUGUUAACUUCCCUCAGAGAACGCUCUCAAUCUGCCUGUUCCUCCAGACAUCAUUUACAGUCUUCAGCUUCUUUUUGUCCUCGUGGUUCACUCAGACCAGGUCUUGCCAGUCUGCUGUUUUAGGAUUUUUGUCUUUUUAAAAUCCCUAACCUGUGCUCCAGAUCAUCUUAAAAGGGGUCACAUCUCUCCUAUCAAGUUGAAUUCAGUCUAAUACUAGGAAACUAGUCCAGAGGUCUUCCAAUGUAGAGUAAUGUUUUAUUGACUUCUUGUUUAAAAAAAAAAAAAAAUCUGUGUGGGACUUACAGAACAACCAAAAUGACCAAUACUAAAUAAGAAAUAAUGAUAGAUAAUCAUGUAAAUGUACCAGUAUGUUGCCUGAGAAAAAUCAUUUUUGGGGAGUAUUAUUCUAAGGUUCCUGUAUUAAUGAAAAAGAAAUCAAUAAACCAAAAAAAAAAAAUAA